AUGAAACAUCCUCACAUCGCAACGGCGAAACCCGUGAUUUGCCCCGAAAAGCAAUCAACAUCCAGUAGUGAGGAGAGUCCAAAUAGCUGGGGAUUUAGUGAUACCAAAUAUCGCCUGACUCCCGAGGGCGACGUUGAAAUCACCGGUGCUCGUUACAGCUGCAGCGGACAGCACCUCCCAUCGUUGCUGCCAUGGGCCAGGUCGAUCAUUGGCGUGGAGAUCCCCACAGAUGUAAAGCCCAUUGGCUAUCCCCCGCCUAUCCCCACUGCCAUUGGCAAUGCUGGGUUCAGCGAUGCCUUGGGAGGCUGCCUGCGAGACGAUCAGAUCAGCACCGAUGGAGAGGUGAGGCUACGCCAUGGGCAUGGGCAUGCAUUACCGGAGAUGUACAGUGUGAAUGGGAACGGGAUUGAGCGCAUCCCCGACCUGGUUGUCUUCCCAGAGGACACGGGUCAAGUGAAGUGCAUUGUUGAUGCCGCGAGCUGCCACGGUGUGUGCUUGAUUCCAUAUGGCGGCGGUACAAACGUGAGCCUCGCUCUCCAAUGUCCCGCAGACGAGAAACGGUGCAUCGUAUCCGUUGAUAUGAGCCGUAUGAAUCGCAUUCGUUGGGUCGACAUAGUCAACCAUCUGGCGGUCAUCGAAGCUGGGGCCGUGGGACGGGACAUUGCUGCCACCUUGGGCCAGUACGAUUUUAUAUUUGGCCAUGAGCCGGACAGUGUGGAGUUUUCAACGUUGGGGGGCUGGAUCGCAACCAAGGCCAGCGGAAUGAAGAGGAACCGCUAUGGAAAUAUUGAGGACUUGGUGCUGGAAAUAGAAAUGGUCCUGCCAUCAGGGGUAGUCAAUUUGAGCUCUUCCUCCACACCCGCUGCUCCCCGCCAGUCGGUCAGCUUCAAUCCAUGUGCGAUGAUGUUUGGAUCCGAAGGAAAUCUCGGGAUCAUCACUGCAGCGUUGGUCAAGGUGGCUCGAAAGCCUCCGUUGCAACGCCACCAGUCUAUCGUGUUCCCCGAUUUCAACACUGGGCUGCAAUUUAUGUAUGAGGUGACACGGGCAGGGGUACUACCGGCCAGCAUUCGUUUGGUGGAUAAUCUGCAGUUUCAACUCAGCCAGGCAUUAAAGCCAGCGGGCGGCGGCCUCUUCGAGAAACUCAGAAGUGAGAUCCAACGGCUUUACGUGACUCAAGUCAAAGGGUUUGAUACUCAAAACAUGGUCGUAUGCACUCUCGUCUGCGAAGGAUCCCAGCAGGAGGUGCAGGCCCAGGAGCAGACCAUAGGCACCAUCGCCAAUUUCCUGGGUGGCCUCGCAGCUGGAGCCGAAAACGCGCAAAGAGGGUAUGAAAUGACUUUUACCAUCGCCUAUAUUCGAGACUUCUUCAUGGGCCUCAGCAUAUUUGCCGAGUCGUUCGAAACGUCGUGUCCCUGGAGCAAUGCUGCUCAUCUCUGUGAGAAGACCAAGGCACGCGUUGUGCACGAACAUAGAGCCCGUCGGCUUCAAGGAAAUCCCUUCAUAAUAUGCCGUGUCAGCCAGGCCUAUGAGACAGGAGUCACGCUGUAUUUCUACCUAGCUUUGUAUUUGGAGGGAGUGGCGAACCCAGCCGGCGUCUAUGCCGAGAUCGAGGAAGCAGCUCGCGACGAAAUCCUACAAUGUGGGGGUUCGCUGUCGCAUCAUCACGGAGUAGGAAAGGCCAGGAAAAUAUUUUACCCCAGGGUCAUGUCUAGCACAAUGUCACAGUGGAACUGGCAAGUGAAAGAGAGUAUAGACCCUGCGAAUAUUCUCGGAUGCGGAAACAUGCCCCCGAAACAAUAG